GACUGGACUCCAGUCACUGCUCCUGGAGCGUACCAGUGUGUUCCACCUUGUUCCACCCUCCAACUAUGUCCAGCUGACAGGUGUGCCAGUGUAUGAACUGUGGCCGUUUGACACUGGGAAGGCUCUGACAGUGAAGCCAGUCGGUCAGAAGAAGAGGAGAGAAGCUGGUAAACAUCACCACAUUCAGAAGAAGACAAAAUCAGGAAAUCAAAAGAACCGUCAUCCCACAACCACACCUGGGACAAAGACCCCCCACACCUGGGACAAAAACACCCACACCUGGGGCAAUGACACCCACACCUGGUACAAAGACACCCACACCUGGGACAAAGAUACCCACACCUGGGAUAAAGACACAAACUGGGUUGAAGAGAAAGAGAGAAGAGGAAAAUGAAGGAAGUAAUGGUGGAGAGAAGGUGCAACGGACGAGUGAAAGUGAGGCUGGAUCGAAGACGUUCAAACCCUUUGAUUUCCACUUGCCAGUCCCUCGCCAUGUGAUGAUGUACAGUAAAGAUCUACGAGAACACCUGCCCAAGUCUUUCUGCCUGAGUGGCCUGGAGCCGUCUGUGGAGGGGGGCACCUGCCUCAGUGACCAGAUCCUCCAUCACACCUGUGUUGUCCUGGAGAGGACGGAGGACACAGCUGACACACACACAACACACAUUGGUCCUCUGUGUCAGCAGAUCAUACAGAACCACAGGAAGUGUCGAUACAGAUCGCUGCUCAACCACUACUGCAGAACUAAGGCACAAAUGGUUAAAAGGUCAAGGUCAUCUGACAGAGUGCCAAUCUUGUCUGCUCCUAUUUUCAAGAGAGGCAUGAAUCCAGGUGCUCCAAACCCUGAUGUCCAACCCCAGAAGAGGACAAGCUCCAGUAGACUGACGACAGGCCAACUGCUGGACGACUUCACGCCACAGAGACAGGUGUUCCUUUACCUGCGUGCCCUGUGUCUACAAGUCUUCCCACUGGACAUGUUCGGGGGUGACCAUAACCGAAAGGUCUUCUUCAAGCAUCUCCAUGAUGUUGUGACGCUGGGUCGACAUGAGAAGUACUGCCUCGGUCAGACAAUGAUGCAUGUCAAGGUGAAGUCCUACAAGUGUCUCCAACCUGAGCCCGGCGGACAUCCCUGCCGAGUGCGUCGAGUGGCCCAGAUACUGUGGUGGCUUCUCAACUCCUUCAUCUGUCCGGUCAUCAAGUCAUUCUUCUAUGUGACAAACACGAACAUCUACAGGAAUCGUGUUGUGUACUACAGGAAGAGUGUGUGGAUUCGGCUCCACACCAGGACACUUACAGCUCUGAAGCAGAAGAAGAUGAUGUCCCCCAUUACUCAGACAAAGGUGGAGCACCUGCUUGACAGUGGCCAGGCCCUGGGAAUCUCCUACCUGCGUUUCCUGCCAAAGCUGACGUCACUGAGACCUGUUGUUAACAUGGGGAGAAAACCAGAACCCUGGACCAAGAAGAAGCUGUCAAUCAACUCCCAGCUGCGAACCUGCUUGAGUAUUCUUCAGUAUCAUGUGCAUCAAAGACCAGAACUGCUGAAGAGCUCCAAGUUUGGUUUCCAAGACAUCUAUGAGGCAUUCAGGGAGUUUGCUGUAAAGAGACAAGCACGGCAGGAUACUCGGCAGCUGUAUUUUGUGAAGACAGACAUCAAUAAAUGCUAUGACUCAAUCAUGCAACAGAAACUCUACACCAUAGUCAAGGACAUCUUAGAGUCUGAAGAGGAAUAUAUUACUCGAAGAUGGGCCAGUGUUUACCUGGCUGGGGAACGACUCAAGCGUACAUACCACCGGGAGACCUUCACCCUGGGGGAAUAUGAACCAGACUUUAUCCGGUACAUGCGGAGCCGCUCUGUGCAGCUGAAUGACUGUCUCCUUGUGGACCAGGUGAUGCAUCCACACCUCACAGCCGACCACCUGGUGUCUGUGUUGAAGAGCCAUCUCUUUAACAAUUUAGUCAAGAUCGGAAGGGGUACUUCCAACAGACCAUAGGGAUCGGGCAGGGGUCUGUCCUGUCCACCAUGUUGUGUAGCUUGUAUACUGCCCAUCUGGAGCAGUUCACGCUCAGCAACACCCAGAAGGACGAGCUGUUGAUGCGACUUGUUGAUGAUAAUCU